CCAUGCAGGGUUACCCGGGUCAGAUCCACGCCAACAUCGGCCCCGUCCGGACCAACGUGACCUUCGACCACCGGGACUGUGGCGUCACGCUCCUGAAGAAUGACCACGUGUUGAUCAACCUGCUGGUCGACAUGGUGACCAGAAAGAGGAGAGCUGCCAACAUCAAGCCCAAAAUCCCGUUCACCUUCAGCUACACCAAAGAGAAGAGAGAGCUGGGCAUCAUCACCUGUCUGGGAGCUGAAGAAGGCAUCGUGAACUCUGAGGAGCACGGAGAGCUUCCCUUCGACGUCUGUGAGAACUUCAGCGACACAGAGUUCAGCACCGCAGACAUCCACAAGGAGGUGGAGUUCACGGUGGCCGUGGUGAAAACUGGAAAGAGGGCGAUCAGGCUGAUGAGGACGAAGAGGAUUGAGGACCAAAUCCUGGAGGAGCAGAAAAGACGGGGGGAGGAGGAGAAGAAGAAGAAGCAGGAGGAAAAGGAGAAAAGGAAGCGAGAGGAGGAGGAGAGGAAGAGGAGGGAGGAGUUAGAGGAGGAACGAGAGAGAGAGGCGGAGAGGAAGAAGAAGGAGGAGGUGGCGGCGGCGCUGGCAGCGGCCAAAUGCAAAUGGACGCCGCUCGGCUUCACAAUGAGGGACCCCGACACGCUGGACGACAUCAGCAAGGAGCGAUUUGAAGGCACCGUCCUCAAAGCCAUUUCCAAAAAUGUAAGAAAGAUCAAGAAGGAGCCGGGGGAGGAACGAGGAGGAGGAACUGAGGGCGGACAAACUCUCCUCGCACAGAUCAAAAAGGAGAAAACAGAUGAUGAAGCUGAGAAGGCAGAGGCGGAUGGGAAACCUGAAGGAGAGGAGGGAAAGCUGCAGAUUAAAAAGGAGCCGGAGGAGGAGGCGGAGAAGGAUCAGUCGUCUGAAGCUGGAGGUGGAGCUGCCGCAGGGGGCGACGGCGCUCCGGACCCGGAGAUGGGUCGACUGGUGAUGACCAUCGACGGCCAACAGAAACAGCUUCCCUUCGGUCCCACCGACCUGCUGACCACCGCCACCAUGCUGGACGGAGACAAGGUGCGUUUCAACAUCGCCACCCAUCGAGAGACCAAAGAGGAACGAGCGACCUACGUGGAAAUCCUCCCCGAAUCCUUCGAAGAGUCCAUCGAACAACGUCGACACGGCAUCGUGAUCGAGUUCUCAGACGACUCCGGGCUCAUCAAGUGUCCUCAGAACCCUCAACUCUACUUCCACAUGUCCGAGGUAAUAGAGAAGAAGAGUCUGAAGCUGAAUGAGAACGUCGAGUUCAGCGUCGUCCCGCAUGAAACGGCAGAGGGGGGUAACCAGGCCAUUAGGAUAAAGCGUUAUACCGAGAGCGUUUUCCUUCCCAUCCGUAAAUUGGGCCGUGUCGGGGCCAACAAAGCAAAGAUGACCAUCAAGCUACCAAAAGCUUUGGAAGACACAGAGAAAGAAAAACCAGAGACGGACAAGCUGAAGGCAGUGGUGAAAAAUCUUAGAACGCAGGACAACAAGACCAGUAUCAGCAGAAGGGAUUACAGUGCCACACGGCAUAAAUACGGCCGUAGCAGAAGUAGGAGCAGAAGCAGGAGUAGGAGUAGGGCCAGGAGUAAAAGUAGGAGCAAGAGUCCACCCAGAGACCAGUUUGGACGUAUCAUCAAAAGGAGAUCGAGCACCAGCGUUGACCGUGACCGUAAAGGCAGCAGGAGCAGGCGAAGCCGAGAGAGGUCAAAGAGGCGCACCAAGAGCCGCAGCAGGAGUCGCAGCCGAAGCAAGAGCUCCAGCAGGAGCCGCAGCAGGAGCAGGGAGAGAAGCAAGGACAGGGCUGCCAAGAAGAGGAGCAAAAUCAGCAAAGAGAGAGAAGAUAGUCACAAAAGGAGGAGGGAGUUGAGCCCUCCUCCCAGACGUGUUGGAGUCAUGGACGACGAGCUGGCGAGGAAGAAGCGGGAGCUGGAGGAGCUGAACGAGAUGAUUGCCUUCAAAAAGUCUCUGGUGGACCCCAGAGGACUUGACCCUGGACAGAGAACCUGCAUAGACUACGACCAUGGCAGGAUCGCCGUCCCACUCGCUGAGUACAAACCAGUCCGGUCCAUCCUGAAGAAACGACCAGAGGGACCGGAGUUCCACCAUCGUCCUCCUCAUCCCUAUGAUGAUCCUUAUUAUGACCGGUCAUACAGUCCUUACCAAGAUCGGCGGUGCGGUGACCCCUACGGUGAUCUGUACGUUAGCCGCCCCUACCCUGAUCGCCCCUAUGGUGACCGUCCCUAUGGUGACCGCCCUUAUGAAAAUCGACUAUAUAGUGAAGCUCCCUAUGUUGGCCCUUCGUCUGCUAGCCAGCGAUACACAGAUCGCUAUGAUGUUUAUGAUGAGCCCUAUGACGAUCGCUACAAUGACCCAGCAUGUGCCGACCAACCUUACGAUCCAUAUCGUCCUGUCAAACGUAGCCAGUCUCCAGAACCCCUUGGUCCCUCAUCAUCUCAGUCUGGCCGAGUUCCUGCUGCCUCCACCCAAUCUCCCUUGAUGCACAGUGUUGCCUCUUCAUCUUCCCAACCCCCUUUCAAACCUCCUUCUCCCACAGAACCGCCUCCGAGAAGCCCUUCUCCCAGACUGAAGAACACAACUCCACGCCAAUCACCUCCAGCUGAGAAACAGCCCCUUGAUCGCUUUCUUGAUAUGCUUAAUAAAAAGGUGGAUGCUGAAAAGAAAUCAGAACCGGUUUAUGUGAAUGAUGACCUUUUGCCUCAUGAGCGGGCACUUCAAGAUGGCAGGGGUUUCUCUCGGAUUGUGGGAUUGGCUCAGGAGCAACCCACCAGCAGUCUCGCUCGAGAAGGGGAAAAUAACCAAACCAACUCUAAACGGUCCUCAGUAGAGAGGAUAAGCGAGGAACCAAAGAGCAAGACGGAGCCCUAUGACAAGAUCCAGAGUCUGCUCCGUACUAUUGGCCUGAAGCUGAGUUCAGGAGAUGUAUCCAAACUGGCAAGUCGAGCCCAAGAGAAAAUCUAUAGCCCAAAGUCCUCAUCCACAGAGAGAGAGACAUUGUCAUCCCCAAGGGAAGAACUGCGAAUAAAUAGAACCGGUUCUGUCGAAUUGGAUCACAUCCAUUCCCCCUCUAACGCCAGGUCCUCCAGUUUGGAGCCACUCAGCAGCCAUAAAGCAGUCUCGGAGUAUGAAGGAUUCCUGGACCAGCAGGAGAUGGAGGCACUAAAGAAGGCACAACAGUUACAGAGUCUUACCAAGACAAUGGGGAGCACACCCUCAACCACUCCUCCUCUGAAACCACCUCCUGGGCCUCCUCCUGCUCACUACCAACAUCCACCCCCACCACUCAACUGGACCCUUGGUGUCUCUACCCAGAUUCUCCCAGCACAGAGCUCCACAACCCCCAGCACGGGCACUCCAGCCCCUCCUGCAGCUGGUCAACCACCCCAAAGAUUUGGACUUCCUGUGGGACUUCCCCCUGGACCCCCUCCUGGACCUCCUCCACGGCGUCCUGCACAGUCUCCUCCAGGACCCCCUCCUGGACCUCCUCCACGGCGUCCUACACAGUCUCCUCCAGGACCCCCUCCUGGAACUCCUCCCCGGUACUCUCCUGUACAACCUCCUUUCACUCCACCCCCCAGUAAUGCAGUCUUUCCUUUUAUUGGCCAGCCUCCUACAGCUUCAUCCAUCAACUCCUCCAGUCCUUUGCAGCCUUUAACCACUGCCGCGUCAACACCAACAACACCGGCAACAUCAAGUCCUACUUGUGGUGACCAGUCAACCAUCUCUACAACAGUUGCCAGAUGCCUGAAGGUCAUUGAGACGGUGAAAUCUCUGGCUGUGCAGCCACCAGCCAAACCUGUCAAAACAGUCCAGUUCAGUUUACCUACAGAGUCUCCAUCAUCCUCCAGUUCUCCGACCUCUGCUGAGACAGAUGAUGAGAUAAAGACUAAGCAGAAGGAGAAGCUGGACAUGUAUAACCAGCGGGUUUUGGAAAAGAGGGAGCAGCAGUACAAGGAGAUGCUAGCCCGUAGGAAAGGAGAGAAGAACAAGGAUGGCACAUUGAUCCUUCCAGGUUCCAGCCUAGAGGGAUCUCAGGAGGACUCCAGGACUCAGCAGGUGAACUGAACGGGAACCUCUGACUCGUCUGCUCGUUCGGCGCUGCAGCAGAAUCUUGUACUCUUCUACGAAUAUGUAGAGAAAUUUAAAAAUCUUAGUCCUUCUGUUUUGUCUUCCCAUCCACACCACCACCACCACAGAAAAAGGCGUUUAAUCAAAAGAGCCUCAGACUCUUCAGGGCACCAACGUCUCAUAAAACAAUUGUAAUAUCUUCUUUUUGGACUGUAUGCAUAAUUUAGCCUCAGAAGGUUGUUAAAUGUGGGGUCGUAAUGGCGCAAUGGACAAGACUGUCUUUGGUGUGAGAGACCCAGGUUCAAUCCCCCACUGUGAUCCAUCCACCAAUGUGUCCCUGAGCAGGACACUGAACCCCUAGCUGCUCCAGAGGCGUGCAACCUCUGAUAGCAAUUGUAAGUCGCUUUGGAUAAAAGCCUCAGCUAAAUGAAUAAAUGUAAAUCUAAACUAAACUUAAUUCUGGCACAGGGACCCUAAAGACAGGUCUUGAGAUAUGAGAUAAUAAAGCAGGAGCCGCUUCAGUACUGCCUGUCUCCUCAUUUUCAGGUCAAGUGAGCACAGCUCAGUAAGUCCGGAGCUCAAUCACCUGGAGUCCUGGGCCUCUGGAACAAUUACCCAUUCUGCAUAAAUUGGUAGUCCAGCUGUGGGCACAGUGAAUGUGAAGUUGAGGUUAUCGGAGUUGACUUACAGCUAACGUUUUAUUUACUCCACCAUAGUUGGAAGAUCCUGCUCGAUCCCACUGCCUUUCUGUUGUUCUGUGAGUUACACGGGGAUUUUGUGUUAAAAAUGUUGCCAAGGAAAGUCGAUGCUGUUGCAGCAAGAACUGCCCCAGCAGGUCAGUUAAUCGUUCAGGGAGAAAACCAGGCCGUAAUUUAUUUUUCCCACCUUGGAAAACACAAAGGUCACGUAUACAUAAAUAACUUUAAAAUCACACCUCAGCUCAUAACGUAAAAAAGUAACAGCCCUUGUAAAGUCAGUUUUAAUUGCACUUUAAACAAGAGAGACGUCCACCCAGCCGCUGCAAUACUGUUCAUGAGUGUCUAGUGAUUUAUAAUGUUAAAACUCAUGCAAAGUGAACGCACUAACUGUCCAAACAAGGUCUUUUACAAUGUCCGGUUCUGUAAUCCAGUCUUGGGCUGCUGAGUCAUAUAGCUCUAUGUUGAUUAUUGUUAUUAGUUUGACUAAGUACCAGUUUUGUUUCUCUUGGUAGGGUCCCUUCUCGUUUCCUUUUCCCAUCUUCAGAUUUUACUAAGUAAAAACCAUUUUAGCCUAAAAACAGCCAAAAGUAAACCACCAUCUCAACCGGCAAGCUCACAGGUAAACAGAGCGUGUACCUUCAAACAUGGCAUCCCGUCCCAACAUACACCACGGCGUGAUGAACCUUCACAUUCCCAUUCCAUUUAUAAUAAUAUAAUGAUAAUCUUUAUUUAUAGAGCAAUUGUGCAAAUACACCAUAAAUGCAAGAGAAAACGUAAGAAACUAAAAUAGAAGUUAAAAGUAAAGAGUUUAGUUUUCAGUCGAAACUCUGGAACAGACCUCUGCCCGAGAAUCUCAACGUAUGUGCUGCUGCGUAUGAGACUAAAAGGUCAGCGAUAUAACAGGGAGGAGAGGCCAUGAAGAGAUUUAAAAGUAAUCAAUACAAUUUUAAUUUUUAUUGUCCUCCAAGAGGAUUUUAUUUUUGUACAUAAAAUGUACAAAUCACAAUAGUUUCACUGUGACACAGUGGAUGAAGCAGCGCUGCGUUUUAUGUUGCAUUGCAGAUUCAUUUAAAUCUGUGGAUGUUUGGAUAUUUUUUUAUAGAUGGGAACUUGUAGCCCUUGCAUGUAUGUACAUAUUGCUUUGCUUUGUAGUUUUAUAUGGAUGAAUGCUUUGUUUUUAAUGUACCUUCUGUGACUUGUGUUAUUCUUUGCCUGUCUAUAAAGAGAAAUAUGUUCGCCUUUCUAUCAGAACCAGCAUCAACUGUUUCAGCAAGGCAGGUUUAUUUGUAGAGCACAUUUCAACAUCCUCAUGCUGCUCAUUUUUUCUGCUUCUAACAUGAACUCUGAGAAAACGAGGUUCACCUGCUGCCUGAUAGAUCCCACCCACUGACCGGUGCCAUGUCAUGUAUACUUCUACUGUACUACAUUGGAGGGUAAUGUUCUUUUUACUUUACUACAUUUGACAGCUUUAGUUAAAUUGCCCAACAGUUUAUAAACUAAUAUAUCUAAAGUAUCUGUACUAAAUUAGCUCCACCUCGACCAGCAACAAUUUCAACAUGCUCUGACAUUUAUUAUUAUUAAGUGGCCAUUCUGCAUAACAAGUACUUUUACUAACUUUGUUAUAUAAUAAUACUUCAGUACUUUUACUUCAGUGAAUAUUCAAGAUGCUGCUACUUUUGUUUAUGUAGAAGAUCUGAAAACUUCUUCCACUUCUGAAAAAUAAAAUUGAGUUGCUUGUUUCAGAAUUAUUCAAGUUUGUUUUUGUAUAUGAAUAUAAUAUAAUAUUGGCAUUAAAUAAUUUCAGACAAUUUCACAAA